AUGUUCAGACUUGCAAACAUCAUGACAGGCCUUUUAACCUUGUCAACACCCAUUGCUUCGCGUGCCCUGCACCGUCGUUCCAUCACUCCCCCGGCUGGAUGCCCAAUCCCAACCUGGACCGUCACCAACUUCCAAUGGUACAAUGGUUCGCACUCUCUGGACUGCAUCCAUAACGAAGCCGACAUUAAUACCAAAGGAUGUCUUUGCGGGCGCAGCUGGUGCGACCCCAAUCCGGCGACUUGUAAUGGGUCCAUUGUGCCAGUCUGCUAUACCGGCAUGCCUAACUAUCAGCCAUGGGGCUAUGGCCCACCGGAAACACUCGAUAUUGAUUUCGCCGAUGGUCUGGAGUGCCACGAUGAGUAUAUCGGGUAUCGCGUUCACGAUAUUGGUAACGGAGCGAGCAAUUGCGGAUAUGCCGACCGAGGACUCGGACGCAUUGUCGCCUUUUACGGAACUUCGGACCUUGACACUUCGACAGGGCAUAUGGAUUACACCCUUGGGAGUGGCCAUGCGCUGACCUGUGCUAAUGGGAGCUCAAUUACUUACUCUGGAAGCGUGGAUUUCCCGCUUACUUGCACCCAUGAUGCGUACUUCAAUGCUACUUGCACGGCGCCUGUCUUCACUGUUCCGGUUCUGAGCUAUCAAUGGGUUUGA